GCUCCCCAUCUCUCAUGAUAAAUAGCAGAUGCAGCACUCACCUCCCCUCAAAAUCCACAGAGCUCCAUAGCCUUCUGCUGCAUUCCUCAGAAGGAAAAAACCCAGUCCAACGAACCCACCAAGAUCCUCUAAAAUGGCCAGAAUCCCAAUUCUUCCGGUCCUAAUCCAUUCUUUUCUUCUCUUCUUCGUUUCAGGGGGUCUAUCUGCGACGUUCACGCUGACGAACAACUGUCAGUACACGGUGUGGCCGGGGUUGCUAUCGGGAGCAGGCACGGCGGAGCUGGAGACAACGGGGUUCGCGCUGCAGAACGGGGAGUCGCGGAGCCUGACAGCGCCGGCCAAAUGGUCCGGCCGUAUCUGGGGCCGCACCCUCUGCUCCACCGACUCCACAACCGGCAAGUUCACCUGCGUCACCGCCGACUGCGGGUCCGGCACCGUUGAGUGCUCUGGCACUGGCGCCACUCCACCAGCGACUUUGGCCGAGUUCACCCUGGACGGCAGCGGGGGAAAGGACUUCUACGACGUCAGCCUUGUCGACGGCUACAACCUCCCGAUGUUGGUGGCGCCGCAAGGAGCGAGCCCCGGCAGCAACUGCAGCUCGACGGGGUGUCUGGUGGACCUCAACGGUGUUUGCCCGUCGGACCUGAAAGUGGUGGCGGAGAGCGCCGACGGAGGGAGCGAGAGCGUGGCUUGCAAGAGCGCCUGCGACGCCUUUGGCUCGCCGCAAUACUGCUGCAGCGGCGCCUACGACACCCCCAACACUUGCAAGCCUUCGUCCUACUCCCAGUUCUUCAAGAACGCCUGCCCCCGCGCUUACAGCUACGCAUACGACGACGCCACCUCUACCUUCACCUGCUAUAACGCCAACUACCUCAUCACCUUCUGUCCUAGCACCGGCAGCGAGAAAUCGGCGGGCGAGAAUCCGGCGGCGGCGGCGGGGCUGCCCUUGAUCAACAACACGAUGGUUUUCCUCGGCGGGGACCAAGCCAGCAGUGGCCACGCGCGCGCGGUGCGUCUCCCCACGACCCUCGCCGUCCUCGCGGCGUCGUGGCUGCUAUCGCGUCACCUGUGAUGUUCCGAGAAUCCAACGGCCCCACGCGCCCGUGCGUGCGGUCCAUGUGCUCGCACGACGGGGGAGUUCGGCCCGCCCCCGCCGCGCGCGUCUCAUCAUCCAUGUGAUCGACAUGGGCCACGAGGAACGAAAAGGAGUUCCGUUCGGAUUCCAUUCUUUUCCCCUCCUCCUAUAUUUACGAAACAUUUUACAUUAUUUUUAAUUUUUAGAUGCUUGUGUGGGUGGUGGCUAAUUUGCUAUUGAUUUUAUUGUUCAUUGUACGGUGAGAGGGAUUAUUUUAUUUGCUGUACUCACACCACGCGUGGGGCUGUCACGUCGCUCUCCGGGAUGUGAAAUUGGGGGGCGGAGAAGAAACCAUGAACGAAUAUUGUAAUUUUAUUCAGAAAUGGACAAUAUAUCAGCAAUACUUUUUCAUA